AUGCAAUCAAUUGACGCUGCGCUUGCUGCUAUUAACGCUUUGAAGCCUAAUGAAAAACUUGUGUAUUCUCAAAUUGCAAAAAAAUAUGGUGUUGACCCAGGAACGCUGAGCCGCCGCCACCGAGGUAUUUCUCGCUCCAGACAAGCAGCUGCACAAAACCAGCAGGCAGUCCACCCACAACAUGAAGCUGAGCUUAUCGACUAUAUCGAUAGACUCACUAAGCGAGGCCUAGCACCCACACGGAGUAUCAUUCGAAAUAUCGCGUCGCAGCUAGCUCAGAAGCAGCUCGGAUAUCACUGGGUUGAUCGCUUUGUUCAUCGUAACUCGCAUCUCGUUAUACUCAAGCGCACCACGCCAAUCGAUCGUAGCCGGCGCCGAGCUGAUUCAGAAAAGAAAUAUCAGCUCUACUUCGAGCUUCUACGCCAAAAAAUCGAUCAAUAUAAAGUAGAGCCGCGACAUAUAUAUAAUAUGGAUGAGAAGGGCUUUAUGAUUGGAGUACAGUCCCGCUCAGUCAGAAUCUUUUCUAAA